AUGCAAUUCAUUCGAAAGAAGAGUUCAAGCAUUUCUGGCCAUGGAGAACCCCCGAGCACGGACACAAGAGCUGCCCCCAGUGCAUUUGUACCUCCCUCGACGGCUUCGGCUUCUGGCCCAGCUCGGUUAAAAAAGUCAUCGGGCGGUCACUCGAGUUCCAAUUCAGGCUCAUCGAAUGGGUCGUACCAUAUUCCCAUCCAAACACCCCCGGCACCCUCGUCCCCUGUAGAGAAGGAUGAUGGGAAGAAGACGACGAAACCACCGCUCGUCGUCUCUGCUUCUUCAGUCUUUCCAUCUAUGGUACCAGGGACAACUUUUACUUUGACCAUUGGACCACGACCCCCGGUGGCUUCGAAUUCGACAAAUGCUGCUUCAUCCGGACCUGCCGCAUCCUUUGCACGCCCCCCAAAGGCGAAUCCAGUCGGUCGUCGCAGCAUCUCACUCUACGAAUCAAGUCCGUCCGAAGCAGUUCUGAAUGCGAGAGCCACUUUUGGCAAGCCUCAGGUCCACAGAGUUCACCCAAAGCAGUCUCUCAAUGAUCUCCUUUCCACACAUGCAUCUUCCUCCGUUGUCGCGGAUCAGAAAGCAACAGGCGUUGGCUCCGCGCCGCUCAUUACGCUCAGACGACCGCAUCCGUACGCACUUGCAGAUUCCCCUCACGUGGAUGAUCGGCCUUCUGCUUCUAAUUCUGCGAGACCGAGAACCCCGCCAUCCGAAACCAACUCCGCCCCUAGUACGUUUGUCAGCACUUCGAUCACCCAAACGCGUACGGCACAACAACAAACGACAUUGACUGCGCAGCGUGUCAAGCUUCCUGUCCCAGUGCCCCCGACUAAAACGACUACUGUCGCGCGUACACCUUGCACAUACGACGUAACCAACACGAGACCGCCAAGAAAACGAUCGUCGUCUCUGCCCCUGGGUGCAGAAUUGAUCAAAUCGGUGGUCGAGACCACCACUCAAGGGCGGCAGCCGACUGACGCGGAGAAAAAGGAUGCUUCUUCCCAUCCCCCUUUGGCACAUUCUGCAACCGCAGCAGCUCGUUUAGCGGAACAGCGUUCGGUGUCUAGAAAGCCUGCUGCAUCAUCCUUGUCCUCGCCGGUUGCGACGCCGCCUACGGCUGUUAUCCCGGCUGCACUGGCUCGUGCACGCGCGAGAACAGUCGCGGCGACAGUAUCGACAAAGUCUGACGAUCCAAAAGACAUGAGCCCCCACAUGGACAAGUCGACGACACAAGGUACCGGUGAUGUUACGAGUCGGACCGGCUCGUCAGGCACCUCCAUGACGGGGGUCGCUAAGCCUGAAUCUGAUGUAGCUUCCUUAGUGGGAGAAGAAGUCAACAAGGGGGACGGCAAUCUUGUUCAAGUACCUGGGUCUGCCAAAGGUGGUUUAAAAACGAGCGCAUCUAUGCCCAACGUCCACUCCCACUCCAACUCGUCCCCUGCGCUGACCUCGCUUUCCAAUUCGGAGAUGACGACGAGGGUUGCCACUAUUUAUUCACACAUUGACCAUGCUCAGGUGCCCACCUCUACAAGGACGUACAGAGCUGGAGGUCCCAAAGCCAGCGUCGCUGAACCGUCAGCUGGGAGUAUGGCACUGUCUAGUACGCCCACAUCCCUAGCAACAACUACAUCGGCAGCAGCGGCUAGUGUUAACCCUCAGCGGGCGCAGAACCGGUACGCGGCAGUCUACCGAGCUCCCUUGCCGAUGGAUGCACAUGGGCGUGUGCGCGCCAACCAACCCAAACCGGCAUUAUCUCUCUCAAUGCCAUCUGGACGUUCUAUCAUCGAGCCGCUUGAUUCAGAUGACGUGGUGGUGGGAAGCAAGAACACGCAUUGGUACCACGCUACUACCACCGGAUCCGCGGCUGGGGCUGAUGGCGUGACAACCGCGCACGUCAACCUUUUCAGCCAGAGCCACUCAGAAUCUCCUUCUCCAUUUUCUGGUUCGCCCUACUCGGGUUCACCCAUUAGCGGACGACCACCACCGAGGGCGCAAAUCCCAGAAUCUCCCACCGGUUCACCGGAGCGUUCGACGCGUGCGCUUCCCACACUAUCAUCCUCGUCCAAGGCGCCUUCGAAUACACCCCUCUCGGCAACCCAACAAACGCUCCCCCGUAUCUCACCUUCGACACCGAGGGCUUCGCCAAGGAGCGGCAUGACAGGAAACUACGCUCCCAGGCCAAUUGAAUCCAAUACUAAACCACUUACACAAUCGCCGAUCAGCCGCAUUCAGCGCACGCCUGUCGAGGGACCGAGCGUGCAUGAGAAAAUUGCAUCUCGCCCUGUCUAUGUGCCACCCCCCUCUUCGUCGACGCCUGGUUUCAAUCCAAAGCGGCGACCAUCGCUCCCUAUUCCUUCGAUGAUUUCCGAGCUCAGUGAAGCGGACGAGGCCCAGCUUUGGGGUUACUUUGAACGCAGUGGACUCACGAGCAGUGCUCGGUCACCUACGAUACCGCGAAGUAGGAGUGCGACUACCAGUACGACCUUGAACACGACCUCGACACCGACGCUCACGGUCGGAAAUGGUGCAAGGGCGAUGAACCUCGUUAGUGUUCCGGGUAGCAAAGAGGCGGCGGCUACGAGUGCCAACCGGAGCUCUUCGUCGCAGGAUGCAAUGUAUGCGCGUAUUGGAGCGCUCAUGGUCGGUUCGACGCCGCUCCAUACACCCAUGACACCCAGUUCGUCGGCGUCGUUGCAUACCCCACCGCUCACUGGUGGUGUUUCGCCCACGUCGCCGUUUGGGUUGGAUAGAAUUGCGUUGAGUGGGGCACCACGAAAGACGGAGCCCAGUCCAUCGACAUUGGCAGUCCCGUCGACGUCGUCCAUCCCUCAACAACAGCAUCAACAGCUUGCCCCUUCCACUUCGAAUCCUCCGCGUCUCAGAAUGCCGAGCCGGGACGAUUUGAAGAGUGGGCAGACGCUUGUGCUUGCUGAACCUGGACGCACGCGACAUAUUCCAGCGCCGCUCAACCUCGGGUCAGAUCGUCCUAUCCGACAUAUGGCCUCGCACUCUGCUGCCGCUGCACUUCCUUCUCCUACGGAAAUGUCCCAGAGCACAAUGAGCGGGAUGAGCUCCACGCCGUCCAACUCUCUCCGUCCUCCCCCAGUCAUGGUUCGACGAAGAUCGCCCAGUGCUGCUGAUAAGACAUCACAACUCCUGGCUCCAGUCGAGGAGUCAAAGUACGCGACCCAGGGUGUGUCGCCUCCCCCAUCUGCAUUUUUCCAUUCACCAUUCGCGUCGCCUGGCUUAUUAUCCACCUCACUUGGCGUGACGCUUCCGACAAGUCCUGUGACCCCCAACACACCGUGGAUGAACGGUAGGGAUGGAGACGCAGAUUCUUUCAUUCUCCCCCCUAGUCCCAGUCCCAACGCGGUCACUAUCACUCUUGCUGACUCGAGUUCAUAA